AGAAGUGAGAACAGAAGAGUCUGUCAUUUUCUGGGUUACAUAAUUUUCAGAAUUUUAUCAAAUUUCUGUUGUUUUACAACGUAUUUUGCUGGCAGACUUGUCCAGCAACAAGAAGUCUAUAUCAAGAGACUGGUCUAUAGGACUAAAUCUACUAUUCUUGGGGCAAAAAUGGCUGCAGAGUUUUCAAUAGCGAUAUCGGAUGGUGUCUUGGCAGCCUCGGCAUUCUAUGCCAUCUACCUAUUGAAAGGAGUCAACGCGUUGUCACAAGUAGGGUUCUUCACAAUCGGGAUGGCAGCUACAGUCGGGGUGUUUCGAUUCGGCUUGGAGAACGCCCACAGCCAGUUAAUUUUUGCUCACAAGACUUUGAGCUGGUUAGCUAGAGUAUUGGGAAUGGCACUUAUUUCUGUGAGCUACUGCCAAAAAUCUGACUUUCAGUUAUUGUAUCAUAUACUUCUAGCCAUUUCCAUAGCAUUAGUUAUUAUGUCACAGUUUCUGUCCCCAAGUCUUUUGGAGACAUUCACAGCGAUCAUCAGUUCAGGAUCUGUAGUCAUAAUGCUGCUGGUCAGUCUGAUCGAUUUCAAUGCUCAUGGAGUUCUAGGAGCCAUAGGAUAUGUGAUUGCUGGCCUUGUGAUAGGAGUUGAAGGACAUUUUCAUGGUAUUCCAAAUGUGGACUUAUUUCAUUAUGCAAUGUUCUUUGCUAAUAUAGCACUUGCGCUUGGCUUGGCAAAACAACCAACGCUCAUCUAUUACAAGAAAACCGUAUGAUAAGUCAAAGAAUUGGAGGUACAUUGUAAAAGCAAAGGGAAAUGCUCAGAAAUGUGGACUUACUGUGUUUGGGGGCCCAAGUCCAAAAUAUAUCUCCAAAUUUGGCAGGGAAAAUCUCGAGGGACCAAGGACAUUUGGCUUGAUGUUAUUGGUCUAAAUUUUGUAAGGGCCGCCUGAUUCAUAUGCUUACCAAAUAUCAUUUUGUGACAUAUAAUCAUGAACAUUUGCAGGCAUGAAUAAUGAGUGCUGAUAUGUUACCACAGUGUCGUGAUUAUAAUUUGUGCUGGUACAUUCAUUUGAGGUUAACUGAACUAGUACUGAGUGUAUAAUACUUAUGCUAAACAAAUGUCCUGGAGGGGUUCAGAUUUUGAUCUGAGAAUACGAGGUGGCAUAUAUCGCAUUGUAUGUUGUCAGAAAUGCAAGGACACUGCGUGUCUUUAAUGUCUGGUGUUUAUCUGUUUAUCUAUGCAUUGUAAUUUUGAUAGUGGUCUUUGAAGACAACCCGUUGUUCCAUGUAAUUUUAUGUAAAAAGCUAAGAAAAUUGA